GUUAUUAUGGCAACAAAUCGUAUUGAUAUACUUGAUCCCGCAUUACUGCGGCCUGGUCGCAUUGAUAGAAAAAUUGAAUUCCCCCCUCCAUCUGAGGCUGCCCGUGCUGAUAUUCUAAAGAUUCAUUCACGUAAAAUGAAUUUAACUCGUGGCAUUAAUUUACGCAAAAUCGCUGAAAAAAUGACAGGGUCUAGUGGAGCAGAAGUUAAGGCCGUUUGUACUGAAGCUGGUAUGUACGCUCUUCGAGAACGUCGUGUACAUGUAACUCAGGAAGAUUUCGAAAUGGCCGUUUCUAAAGUUAUGAAGAAGGGUGAAGAACAAAAUGAAA